CUAAGGUAACCGCCUGCAUGAGUGAUCCUUGUUUAAACGGAGGUACUUGUACGGAUGAUGGUUCAUAUGACAAAUACACAUGCACAUGCCCAGAAGAGUUCGCAGGGGAGCGAUGUCAAGUUUCCAAAUUUUAUCACAUUGGAUGUUUCAAUCAUGACCCAAACGCUGUUCCAGUACUGGAAGAAAGACCAAAACGAGAGCUAGAUAUCAACAAAGCCUCUGCAGCAGUUAUAAAGUGUGCAGAACUAGCCCAGGAAAACGAUUACAACUACUUCUCUGUAGGACACAGGGGAGUAUGCUACUCUGGUCCACAGGCUAACGAAACUUACUUCAAGAAAGGACCGGCCCAGACCAAGAAGAAGUGUAGUUCAGCUGGUGUUGGAAAAAAUGGAGCAGUUGUGGUGUACACAUUCGAGCCAGUUCCCUCUUACUUGCCACUUGGCUGUUUCCGUGCUGCCAAGCGAAAAAACAAAGCUUUGCGAACAAGGUACAUGAGCUUCGGCAACCAAGGGAACAAAAUCAAACAAACCACUAUUGAUCAGUGUGCACGCAUUGCACGUGCCAAGGGAUAUACGUACUUCGCCGUGCAGAAUACUGCGGAAUGUUGGUCUGAUGAAGACGCACAGAAUAGGUACAAAAUGCUGGGCGCUCAUGGAAAAUGCAAGGAUGGAGUGGGAUUGAAAGGAGCAAACAUGGUUUAUCGAUUCAACGAAUAAAGCGGCAGAAACUGCAACUGAUGUAGUUGACACCUUGAUGUCUAAUCAAAUCCUUACACGAUGGACUACUCUAUAAUGAAAUCUGCUAUAUAACGUAUUUAACAAGAACAAAACUAUUGCUUUAGCUUAUUUACGUCAGCUUCAAAGAAAAGACAUGCGUGUCUACUGGCGCGGUCAUCAUCAUCGUUAUUAUCGUUAAGAGGAAAUAAUCAUAAAGGAAUUUAAUGUAAAACGGUUGGGAUUGCUUUUUUUUAGAACAAUUAAUUUGUUAAUUAAACAAAAUUUAAAUGUUAUAAAUAAAGAGUUAUAAACCAA